AUGCAACCACACGACAAAGCCAGCCCGUUCGACUGGAGGGGUCUUUCGGCGCUUCAUGGUGAACGUGUAGGCAACGUAGGGGGGCGCUUCGAAGGGCAUCAUGGGCGACCCCCGCCAAUGCCUGAUGCAUUUUGCUGUGUGCACCCAUCGGCACUGGAGAAUAGGCAGCAGCAGGCUGGUGGUGACUGGCAUUUGCGGGCUACAAGCAAGCAAGUGCGGACUGAUGCAGAUCUUCGCCGAUGGUUGUCCUCUCCGAUCCAUUCUCGGUUUCUUGCUUUCAUUGGGAGGCUGGCGAAUCGCGCAGCUGGAAAGAAAUCCAUGCCUAGCCUCUUGAGAGUUAACAUCGCAAACCAGCGAAUGCUUGAAGCAGAACAGCUACAGCUAGCGCAGCGUGAAUCACAAACAACCGCAGCUGCAGCAGGACCAGUGGAAGCAACAGCACGCGCACAGCAAGACAAGGGUUUUCAAAGUCUUAUAGCCUCUUUUGCCCCGUUUACUGAGCUACCAUCCAACGCCGCCUGCUGGGAGUUGCUGGGUGUCUUGCGGCAGUUGCUGCAGUGGAGCGACGAUAUCGAGCCGGUCCAGCAGCCAACGCGGUUCGGCAAUCAAGCAUUCAAGACGUGGUGCAGGAAAGUGGAGGAUGAGGCUGGCGCGCUGUUGAUCAAUGUUUGGGAAGCUAGCGGGGUGGAUAUAUCAGAUGAUGAAAAACAACAGCUGACUGAAAUGUUCUGCAGCUCGUUUGGCAAUCCAGUGCGCCUCGACUUUGGUACUGGCCAUGAGUGUGCUUUCGCCAUUUUCCUCUUCUGCCUUUUCGAAAAGAAGAUCUUGAAACCAGAGGAGCAUGACCCAUUUGCUGUCUUGGGCAUUUUCAAGGGAUACGUGGAAGUGGCCCACGCGUUGCAGCAGCGAUAUAUGUUGGAGGCAGCAGGCAGUCGGGGAGUUUGGGGCUUAGACGAUUUCCACUUCCUCACGUUUCUCUGGGGAGCGGGGCAACUGGCAGAGCAGCAGAUCAUUGAGCCUGCGCAGAUCACGGAGCGAGACUUAGUGCGGCACCUCGCUGCUGACUUGCUGUACUUUGAUUCAAUCGAAUACGUGAUGCAGACCAAGAAAGGUGCCCCCUUCUUUGAAUGUUCGCCGAUUCUAUAUGACGUCAGCGGUAUCAGCAGCUGGUGA